UUUCAUUAUACCCCAAUUGCAAAUAAUAUUCAAAGCACACAAUGGCUGACAAUAUACUGGACAUGGGACCUCCCAACGCGAAGCGACCAAAGCUGAAUUCACCUGCUCUGUCUACAUCAGACGGCCCAGUAGAUUUGGGGUCCCUGUUUGAAUUGGAGAAUGACCUCCCAGAUGAACUGAUUCCCAAUGGGGACCUGGGUCUGAUGGGCAUGCCCUCCAACGGUGAUGGAGGGGUCGGAGCCAGAAUAGGAGCGAUGGUCCCAGAUGCCGCUGCCAAGCACAAGCAGCUGUCUCAGCUCCUGCAGGCAGGGAGUGGCCCCAGCCUGGCCAGCGGACUCAACUCAGUCAGCCCUCAGCCUGGCAUUGGCGGCCAGCUAGGCGCUUUGGGAAAGAGUCCCCUGGGCCAGGGCUCUCCCAGUCACCCAUCUCAGCCUCAGAAACCUGUGGGCACUCCCACAGGUCAGGGCAACAACGGCAGCCCUGGCAUGGGCCUCAACACGGGCUUCAACCAGGCCAUGAUGAACAACAGCCAGGCUCAUGGGCUCCUGGGCCAGAACAUGCCCCAGCCAGGUCAGAUGAUGAACGGCGUUCUGGGACCGGCUGGGCGAGGCCGUGCGGCACCAGGGAUGCAGUACCAGGGCCAAUCCAUGCAAGGGGCACCGGUGGGAGGAGGAGGUGCUGGACCGGGGGUCAGUGUGUCAGGCAGUGCACUGGCAGAAACCCUCACCCAGGGGACACCACAAAUGGGGGCACAUAACGCCAUGAAUGCGCAGCAGACUGGAAACAUGAACAAGAUGGGUCUGCCAGGGAAUAACAGUCCAUUUGGGCAGCAGUACGGGCAGGGGGCGGUUCAGCAGAUGACCGGUCCUGGGGUUAAUGCUCAACUCCAGAACAAGGCGGCUCUCCCCAGCAGUCUCCCGUCCAAUCUGAAGGGUGCCUCCAGUGUCCCAAAUCUGCUGCAACAGCAGGUACAGCAGCAGGUACCUCAGGUGGGCAUGGUUCCGGGCCAGGGGGUGUCUACAGGACCCACUGCUGAUCCAGAGAAGCGCAAGCUGAUCCAGCAGCAGCUGGUCCUGCUGCUCCAUGCACACAAGUGCCAGCGGAGGGAGCAGGCCAAUGGAGAAAUGCGUGCCUGCACCCUACCCCACUGCCGCACCAUGAAGAACGUCCUUAACCACAUGACCCACUGUCAGGCCGGCAAGUCCUGCCAAGUGGCUCACUGUGCAUCCUCUAGACAGAUCAUUUCACACUGGAAGAACUGCACCAGACAUGACUGCCCCGUGUGUCUGCCACUGAAAAAUGCCAGCGACAAAAGAAACCAACAGCCUAUGCUCAGCUCACCCAAUGCUGGCAUGCAGACCCCGAUGGGCACAGUUGGCACAGGCCAGCCGACAGCAACUAGCAUGAACAGUGCAACACACAUAGACCCUAGCUCCAUGCAAAGAGCCUAUGCAGCACUGGGCCUUCCUUUUGGUAACCAGUCCCCUGCGCAGACACAGGUCCCAGGACAGCAGGCGGCACUGCCCCAGCAGCAGCAUCAGCAGAUGCGCACCAUGAAUGCACUAGGCACUAACCAGAUGAACAUAGGAGGUAACGGUAUGGGCGUUCCCACAUCAGAUCAGACGAACCUCCACACUGACACAUCCCUUCCCUCAUCUCUCAACAAUCAGCUGAUGCCAGAUGGGUCAGGUGUAGGUGGCACUGGGAACCUGCCUACUGCAUCUCCACUCUCCAUGCCUGGAAUGAAGAAAGCAUGGCAUGAGCAUGUCACUCAGGAUCUGCGCAACCACCUUGUGCACAAGCUAGUACAAGCCAUAUUCCCCACUCCUGACCCUGCAGCACUGAAAGACAGACGGAUGGAGAAUUUAGUAGCUUAUGCCCGUAAGGUUGAAGGAGACAUGUAUGAGUCAGCCAACAGCAGGGAUGAGUAUUACCACUUCUUGGCUGAGAAGAUCUAUAAAAUUCAGAAGGAACUGGAGGAGAAGAGAAAGUCACGGCUUCAGAAACAGCCUCCAAUGGCCACACAAGGGACCCAGCAACCUGGUCUGCCUCAGCCCAAUGCUAUGGGAACUACACAAGCCAUACGACCAACCAAUGGACCCAUGCCCAUGCCCAAUGUGCCAAAUCAGAUGCUGAAUCGCAUGCAGGUCACUCAAGGAAUGAAUCAGUUCAACCCCAUGACGAUGCCAAACGUACCGAUGUCUCAGUCACCCGUAGGGGCCCGUGCUGCCUCCCCCAUGAACCACCCGGCACAGAUGAAUAUGACCUCUGUACCAGCGAUGGGCAUGUCACCUUCUAGGAUGCCGCAAGGGCAAGGAAUGAUGGGAGCUCACACUAACAACAUGGUUGGGCAGACGCCUAACCAGAACCAGUUUAUGAAUCAGACCCAGUUCCCAACCUCUGCAGGCCCCAUGAAUGUGAAUGUAAGCCUGGCACAGCCGACAGCACCGGCAGCUAUCACACAGCAGCAACAGCCACAAAACUCUAACCUCCCCCUGAAUGCAUUGGGCUCCUUGACUCCUUCACUGCUCUGUGGUCCCACUGGCCAACCCACGCUCUGUCCAACGCCUCCACCCUCUGCCCCCACCCAGUCAGCACCUAACCUGCAGCAGCACCAGACUCAACCCUCCACCCCUGCCUCAGCAGGCGGGCAGGCUACCCCCACACACAUCCCCAGCGGCCUCCCCCGUCCUCCCUCUGCCAUUGGCUCCUCGCCCGCCCCCUCCCAGCCGCUCACACCCAUGCAGUCCCAGCCUGAGCCUUCAAUGCAAAUGCAGCAGCCCAGCUCUGUCCAACCGCAGCCCCCAAGCACUCCGCUCUCCCAAAAGGCGGCUAGUGUUGACAACAGAGUUCCCACACCUGCAUCCGUGGCUGAGACUCACUCCCACCAAACUCUGCCUGAUUUUCCUGCUGCUGAGCCCAAACCAGAGCUCCGUGAGGACGAUCAGGACUUUGAAUCUGGAAAGAAGCGACCUGAAGUCAAAACAGAGGACGAGGAUGUGAAAUCCUCUGAGAAGAAGGAGGAGACAGAUGGUGUGGAACCAAAGCAGGAGCCAAUGGAGGUGGAAGAAAAGAGGCAGGACAUGAAGGUGGAGCCCAAAGAAGAGGAAGAGAGUGGAGCCAGCAGCACAGGAUCAUCUACUCCAGCUGCACAGUCACGCAAGAAAAUCUUUAAGCCUGAAGAACUCAGACAAGCCUUGAUGCCCACAUUGGAGGCCCUUUAUAGGCAGGACCCAGAGUCACUGCCGUUUCGCCAGCCUGUGGACCCCAUGUUGCUGGGUAUCCCGGAUUACUUUGACAUUGUAAAAAACCCGAUCGACUUGUCCACUAUAAAGCGAAAGCUGGACACGGGGCAGUAUCAGGAGCCCUGGCAGUACGUGGAUGACAUCUGGCUCAUGUUCAACAACGCCUGGCUCUACAACCGCAAGACUUCACGUGUUUACAAGUACUGCUCCAAACUGGCCGAGGUGUUUGAGCAGGAGAUAGACCCUGUCAUGCAGGGCCUGGGCUACUGCUGUGGAAGAAAGUAUGAAUUCUCACCUCAGACUCUGUGCUGCUAUGGGAAACAGUUGUGUACUAUUUCCAGAGAUGGCACAUACUACAGCUACCAAAACAGGUAUCACUUCUGUGAGAAAUGCUUCAAUGAGAUCCAGGGGGACAGCGUCACCCUGGGAGACGAUCCUGCACAGCCACAGACUAUGAUAUCCAAGGAUCAGUUUGAGAAGAAGAAAAAUGACAUGUUGGAUCCUGAACCGUUUGUUGAAUGUAAAGACUGUGGGCGUAAGAUGCAUCAGAUCUGUGUACUGCACUACGAAGUCAUCUGGCCUUCAGGCUUCAUCUGUGACAACUGUCUGAAGAAGUCAGCCAAAUCAAGAAAGGAGAACAAAUUUACAGCUAAAAGAUUACAGAGCACAAGGCUGGGGAACUACAUAGAGGACAGGGUGAAUAAGUUCUUGAAGAGACAGAACCACCCAGAGGCUGGGGAGGUGUUUGUGCGAGUGGUUGCCAGCUCUGACAAGACUGUGGAGGUCAAACCUGGCAUGAAAUCCAGGUUUGUCGACGCAGGAGAAAUGUCAGAAAGCUUUCCUUACCGAACCAAAGCACUUUUUGCGUUUGAAGAGAUAGAUGGGGUGGAUGUGUGCUUCUUCGGCAUGCACGUCCAGGAGUAUGGAUCCGAGUGCCCUUUCCCCAACACCAGACGGGUAUACAUAUCGUACCUCGACAGUAUUCACUUCUUCAGGCCUCGGAUGCUGAGAACUGCAGUCUACCACGAAAUUUUGAUUGGCUAUUUGGAAUAUGUGAAGAAACUUGGAUAUGUGACCGGCCAUAUCUGGGCAUGCCCGCCCAGUGAAGGAGAUGACUAUAUCUUCCACUGUCACCCUCCUGAUCAAAAGAUCCCCAAGCCCAAGAGACUUCAGGAGUGGUACCGUAAAAUGCUGGACAAGGCCUUUGCAGAAAGGAUCAUCCAUGACUAUAAGGACAUAUUUAAACAGGCCACUGAGGAUCGUUUGACAAGUGCCUAUGAGUUACCCUACUUUGAAGGCGACUUCUGGCCCAACGUGUUGGAGGAGAGCAUCAAGGAGCUGGAGCAAGAGGAGGAGGAGAGAAAGAAAGAGGAGAACACUGCUUCCUCCGAGACAACAGAGGGAACCCAAGUCGACAGCAAGAACGCCAAAAAGAAGAACAACAAGAAGACCAACAAAAACAAGAGCAGCGUGAGCCGAGCCAACAAGAAAAAGCCUGGGAUGCCGAAUGUAGCCAAUGAUCUGUCCCAAAAGCUUUACGCAACCAUGGAAAAGCACAAGGAGGUUUUCUUUGUGAUACACCUGCAUGCUGGUCCAGUAAUCAACACUCUUCCUCCUAUCAUGGACCCUGACCCGCUGCUGACUUGUGACUUGAUGGAUGGACGAGAUGCCUUCCUGACACUCGCACGGGACAAGCACUGGGAGUUCAGCUCGCUUCGCCGUUGCAAAUGGAGCACCAUGUGCAUGCUGGUGGAGCUACACAACCAGGGCCAGGACCGCUUUGUCUACACGUGCAAUGAAUGCAAACACCACGUGGAGACACGCUGGCACUGCACUGUUUGUGAGGACUUUGACCUAUGCAUUAACUGCUAUAACUCAAAGGGCCAUGAGCACCAGAUGGUUAAGUGGGGUCUGGGUCUGGAUGACGACAGUAACAGCCAGGGUGGAGAGGCCUCCAAGAGUCCGCAGGAGAGCCGCCGCCUGAGCAUUCAGCGUUGUAUCCAGUCCCUGGUGCACGCCUGCCAGUGUCGCAAUGCCAACUGUUCCCUGCCGUCCUGCCAGAAGAUGAAGCGGGUGGUGCAGCACACCAAGGGCUGCAAGCGCAAGACCAACGGCGGCUGCCCCGUGUGCAAGCAGCUCAUUGCGCUCUGCUGUUAUCAUGCUAAGCACUGCCAGGAGAACAAGUGCCCCGUACCAUUCUGCCUCAACAUUAAGCACAAGCUGCGGCAGCAGCAGAUGCAGCAGCGGCUGCAGCAGGCCCAGAUGAUGAGGCGGCGCAUGGCUCUCAUGCAGGGCAGAGGCAUGCCUCAGAGCCUGCCCUCUCCUCCUACCUCAGCAGCCCCUGGCACGCCCAAUUCCCAGCAACAGCAGCAGCAGCAGCAGCAGCAGCAGCCCCCGCAACAGCCCAACACACCUCAGACCCCUCAGCCCUUACCCAGCCAGCCCCAGCCUCAAGCCCCUAAUGUGGCAGGCAUGGCUCACGCUUUCCCCAACAACGGCCGCAACAGCCAGCCCCCCACGCCGGGCUCUCAGGGCAAGCCGGGCUCGCAGUCCUCCCCUUUGCAUCAGCAGCAGUCCCCUUUGCCCAUGGCACCCCAGCAACAACCACAGCCACCCCAGCAGCAACAGCAGCCUCCUAUGGCUGCCCUUACGUUUGCACGGCAAAUGGAGAUGGCGACCAAAGCCAAACAGCCGCAACAGCAGCAGCAGCAGCAGCAGGACUUCAGAAUGAACGGGCUCCCCAUGAACCACCAACGCAUGGUUGCACCCAUGCAAAUGAUGGGGCAACGGGUUCCACAGGUGAUGCAGGGCAUGCAGCCUGGCCCGUGGGGCUCUGGGCUCCAAGGUCCCAUGCAAAAUCCGCAGGCCCCCGCACCACAGCAGGUGCCGCCGCAACAAACUUCCAUGGCGCCGCAGCAGCAGCCUCAGGUAACUCAGGCAGGCCAACGAUCACCACUAAUAGGGCGACCCAUGAUGCAGCAGCCCCGCCCGAUGCAGGGCGUCAUGCCUUCGCAGCAGGCGGUACCACAUGCUCCGCAGCAGCAGGGUAUGCAGCAGCGAGGGGUGGCUAGCAGUAUUGCCCCAGGGGCCCUUCAAGACCUUUUGCGCACCCUCAAAUCUCCAAGCUCCCCUCAGCAGCAACAGCAGGUCCUCAACAUCUUGAAGUCCAACCCCCACCUCAUGGCUGCCUUCAUCAAACAGCGGACAGCAAAGUACCAAGCAAACCAACCCCAACAGGCUCAGCAGCAGCAGCAGGGACAGAACCCACAGGGCAUGCUCGCCGCUCAGGCCGGGAUGCAGAAUAUGGCAGCAAUGCAAGCUGGAGCAGUGCAGAGGCCUGGAAUGCCCCCGCAGCAGCCUCAGCAAGCUGCACCUCAGGGCAUGUCUGCUAUGGGGCCUCAGGGACAGAUGAUGAACGCUGCACACAAUGGAAACCCUCAACUGUUUCGCCGGCAGCUCAUGCGACACUUGCAACAGCAGCAGCAGCAGCAACAACAACAACAACAGCAGCAACAGCAGCAGCAACAAGGAGCUUUGCCCCAAGGCCAUGGGAAGUUCCCCCAGCCACAAGGCACAGCUAGCUACUCCCAGAUACGCAUGCAGCAGCAGAUGGCGAUGCAGGGAGGCAGUGGGCCCAUGGGCCAGAUCCCAGCCAUGGCACAGAUGGGCCAGCCCGGCAUGGGCAUGGAUGCCUCUCCGAACCUCCUGCAGCAGCGGAUGCUCCAGCAACAGCAGCAGCAACAACCGCAACUGCCCCAGCAGAUACUGAAACAGCAGAUGGGUUCUCCGGCGCCACCCAACUCCAUGAGCCCGCAGCCCCACAUGCUGCAGGGACAGCCCCAGGGGACUCACAUACCAGGGCAAUCCAUGGCCAGUACGCUGGGCAACCAAGUGAGGUCACCGGCCCCAGUGCAAUCACCCCGUCCCCCGUCACAGCAGCCCCCGCAUUCCAGCCCGUCCCCGCGUAUGCAGCCGCAGCCCUCUCCUCAACACGCCUCCCUUCAUUCCAGCUCGCCACACCCUGGCCUGUCUGGACCCAUGCCUGGCUCCAUGGAGCAAGGCCACCUGUGUACCCCGGAGCAGAGCGCCAUGCUCCCACAGCUUAACACACCAAAUCGUGGAGGGCUAAACAGUGACUUGAGUAUGGUAGGGGAUACCACGGGAGACACGCUAGAGAAGUUUGUGGAAAGAUUGUAGCAUUUUGAGAGACACUCAAAAACAGAGGAUGCCCGUGGUUUUCAUUGUGAUCUUUGUACUGUCGCUUACAGAAAUCUAAAAAAAAAAAA